AUGAAGUCAGUUAUUCGGUUGACGUUGUGUGCUGAAGCUGGAAAAGGUCAAUAUGAAAUGGCUUUGGGGCAUAGUGCUUGCACAAAUGCUGCUGACAAUUUGAUUUACACUCGUGAAACUGUCAGAACUAUUGCAAAUAAACAUGGUCUGUUGGCAACUUUUGUCCCAAAAAUACUCGAAUCUUUUUAUUUCUCCUCCCAGGUAUAUGAUUUGGAUGACAUAGGUUCUGGAUCCCAUGUGCAUCUCAGUUUAUGGCAGAAUGGACAAAAUGUUUUUACAGAAUCUGAUGCAUCUUCUCAUCAUGGAAUGUCUAAAUUUGGGGAGGAGUUCAUGGCAGGGGUUUUAGACCAUCUUCCUUCAAUUUUGGCAUUCAUAGCACCACUUCCGAACCGGUUUAGUUAUGAUCGCAUACAACCUAAUACGUGGAGUGGGGCAUAUCAACGCUGGGGAAAAGAAAACAGAGAGGCGCCAAUAAGAACUGCAUGCCCACCUGGGGUCCCAAAUGGAUUUGUGAGCAACUUUGAGAUAAAAUCUUUUGAUGGAUGUGCAAAUCCACACUUGGGAUUGGCUGCUAUAACUGCUGCCGGAAUCGAUUGUCUACGACGCCAUCUUCGUCUGCCUCAACCUAUUGAUGCAAAUCCAGCUACACUUGACGGGAAACUAUCGAAACUUCCACGAUCGCUGUCUGAAUCAUUGGAAGCUCUUCAGAAAGACAAAGUGUUGAAGGAGGUGAUUGGUGAAAAGCUUUUUGUAGCAGUAACCGGAGUUCGAAAGGCAGAAAUAGAGUACUACUCGAGGAACAAGGAUGCAUACAAACAACUUAUACACCGUUAUUAAGUUGAUGAAUCA